AUGACGAUGAACUUUGUGACAUUCAACCAGGACUAUAGCUACCUGGCUGUAGCGACCUCCAAGGGAUUUCGUAUAUUCACCACUGAUCCCUUCGCGAAAAGCUACGAGACCAAAGAUGGCAAUAUCGCCAUCAUCGAGAUGCUCUUCUCGACGUCUCUUGUGGCCCUCAUCCUCUCACCUCGUCGUCUCCAGAUCACAAAUACUAAGCGACAAUCUACAAUAUGCGAGUUGACUUUUCCAACGACUGUGCUCGCCGUGAAACUGAAUCGAAAACGGCUUGUCAUUGUCCUUGAGGACCAGAUCUACCUCUAUGACAUUCAAACUAUGAAGUUACUAUAUACGAUCGAGACUUCACCGAACCCCAAUGCACUAUGCGCGCUAUCCCCAUCCUCGGAAAACUGCUAUCUUGCCUAUCCUCUCCCCCAAAAGGCGGCCCCUUCUUCUUUCAAUCCGCCCGCUCAUGCUCCGCCGGGCAACACGCAUGUAUCCCCGACAAGUGGCGAGGUUCUCAUCUUUGACACCUUGAAAUUAGAAGCCAUCAACGUGAUCGAGGCACAUCGGUCGCCGUUGGCAUGUAUCACGCUCAACAGUGACGGCACCCUGAUUGCAACCGCUUCAGACAAGGGAACCAUCAUUCGAGUCUUCUCCGUGCCAGACGGCCAUAAGCUAUACCAGUUCCGACGCGGCUCAAUACCAUCGAGGAUCUUCAGCAUGUCCUUCAACACCACAUCGACCCUCCUCUGCGUCUCCUCCUCCACCGAGACCAUCCAUCUCUUCAAGCUGUCGCAGCCAUCCCAGCUUCAAGAAACCUCUUCAGCGAACACCUCAUCUACCGGACGACGACGGAGCCUGAGCUCGCUUAGCCAGUCUCCGGAAAGGGAGGCCACGGAGGAAGACAACGGUUCCUCAGAUCUAGCGUCCCGAAAGCACAAUGGAACACUAAUGGGUAUGCUCCGCCGCACAUCGCAAAACGUCGGCGGUGCAUUUGCGGCGAAGGUUGGCGGAUACCUACCCAAAGGCGUCAGCGAGAUGUGGGAACCAGCGCGUGAUUUCGCUUGGAUCAAGAUUCCCAAGCCCAACCAGGGCCAGGGUCCAAAUGCGAACACGGGUCCGCUACGGAGUGUUGUCGCGAUGAGCAGCAACACACCCCAGGUCAUGGUAGUCACUAGUGACGGCAACUUCUAUGUCUUCAGCAUUGAUCUAUCCAAGGGUGGCGAGGGGACGUUGACGAAACAAUACUCGGUCCUCGAAUCCAAUGACAGACUGGGAUACUCAGUCGCUGAUUACUGA